AUGAGGAAACUGAUGCCAAUGGAGGGUAGAGUUCUGCCUGAAUUUCCAGAGCUCAAAGUGGUAGGGUUGAGGUUCCAAUUUUAGGCGGGACUGUUUGGUGAGCAUAUUUCAUCUGAGAAAUGAAGGAAGACACUUGGGUGGAAGUAAGUCGUCUUGACUCUCAUUGGCUUGUGACUGUGACUUACUCAUCAUAUAAACCCAAGAUGCAGUCACUUAUGAGGGCAUAGAAGAUACUAGAGACUCCACGGAAACAUAGCACAAAAUCCCACCAUGCCAAACUACAAACUCACUUAUUUUAAUAUGAGGGGGAGAGCGGAAAUUAUUCGAUAUAUAUUUGCAUAUUUGGACAUAAAGUAUGAAGACCACAGAAUAGAACAAGCUGAUUGGUCUGAAGUCAAAUCAACUCUUCCAUUCGGUAAAAUCCCCAUUUUGGAAGUCGAUGGACUUAACCUUCACCAGAGCCUAGCAAUAGCAAGAUACCUGACCAAAAACACAGAUCUGGCUGGAAAGACAGAACUGGAACAAUGUCAAGCUGAUGCGAUUGUGGAUACAUUGGAUGAUUUCAUGUCACGUUUUCCUUGGGCAGAGAAAAAACAAGAUAUAAAAGACCAGAUGUUUAAUGAGCUUCUUACAUAUGAUGGACCUCAUCUUCUGCAAGAUUUGGACACAUACUUAGGGGAAAAAGAGUGGCUCAUUGGUAACUCUGUAACUUGGGCAGAUUUCUACUGGGAAAUUUGCAGCACCACACUUUUGGUAUUUAAACCUGACUUGCUGGAUAACCAUCCUAGAUUGGUAACAUUAAGGAAGAAAGUUCAAGCCAUUCCUGCCAUCGCUGACUGGAUACAACGAAGGCCCCAAACCAAACUCUAGGUGACGUGUGCUACCUCCAAGCUUUACUGUUCUUCACAGCAACGCUUCCAUCAGAUAAGCUACAGCAGCCAUGUAACCCACACACUCCCUUCCCCGGCUCCAUCAAGACUUUCACUCUUUCCAUAUUCUGCUUAAGCAAACAAACAAGGAAAAAAGAGCAGCCGUGGGGGGGGGGGGG